AUGGUGCUCUCACAUGCAGUGGUAACGGGCCGGCGCCUCUGCCGCCCGAGUUGUGCGGCGCUAACGCAAUCUGUUUGCACGGUGUCACAGGGCCGCCGCUGCAGUACUCUCGGGCAGAUCCAGUCUGUGUUUAAAGCACUGCGUCAGGCGAAGGGUGUCCGAGGCGGCGCUGUGCGGCUUUGUAUCACGGAGGACAUGCGUGUGGUAGUAGAACAUCAGCCAUCGGCGGAGGGCGGUGCGCAGGCACUUGUGCAUGAGGUGGCGGCGUGGCAAGGCUCUUUUUCCACUACCGUGCAGGAGGCUGUCGGCCACCUCAGUCAUUCCGGCGAGCUGUGCACCAGCACAUCUCCUCUGCAGUCCUCUUCGACGCCGUCCGUCUCCCGAACUGGUCUCACCAUCGUCGAUCUUACAAGAGUGAAUUCUGAGGAAACGCGCAGCGUCAUGAAAUUUCUGGAGCAGAGGUACCCGCAGCUGCAGCUACGGGUGCGCCACACCAGCGGGCAGGACCUGCAGGGAACGGAAUUGCACACCGCCAGCGUUGAGCUCGUGCCACGCGGAAUGGGGGUACAGGUGGCGUCCCUCGCUGCCGAGCAACAGCGCCUGACCGAAUUGUUCAAGGGCGAGGCUGUCGGCGAAGGCUACUAUGGAUCCGUGCGCCGCGCUCUCCGAGACGCCUUCUCUGCAGCUGGUCUUCCAUACCCAUCACACUCCGAGCUAAGCACAACUAACCUGUCGGUUCUCUCUCUCUACACGAAGGUCUGGUCGUCUGACGGCUUUUCGCUGUGCUUGGUGCCGUACGGCACCCCCGGCCAUGUGGAGUGCAGCCUGCGCCAUGGUGCUACAGGGAAAUCGCUGGCGUCCACCGCAGUAGCCCUCACCAGCGACGGGCUGCGCGCGUUGUUGAAGUUCUGCGACGACACAACGUCGGCGUACUAUCCUGACUCUCACGCCUCUAUCCAGCAGCGCCUCCGCAGUGCGCCGCUCCACCUUGUCUUGCCACGGAGCCGUUUGCGCGUGAAGCACCUCCUGCGCAAGCUUCUCUUGUACUACUACGGCAUCGGCGAAGAGAAGGUUGUCUUUCGGGCAGAGAUGAUGGGUGGCUCGAUGCACAAGGCCCAGGUGCAGGUAUGUCUUGAUUUGCCGACUGUCACCGACCUGGCUGAUGGCACUCUCGACUUCUUUGUCCUUGGCAAGGCAACGGGCCAGUCCAAAAGUUCCACGGUCGAACUUGCCACUGUGCAGGCGCUGCAGACGGUGUUUCCUGACGUGUUCGAGCGCGAGAUCGCCUACCAUCCAGAGGUGCGCGCCAUCCUGGAGAGCGGCAAAGCCACCGCCUCUGACGACGCCGCUCCGCACCCCGGGCAGGGAUUAGAACACCAACUGCGCUGGGCACUGCAACGACAGAAGGCGACCUUCGUACUGGAGACGCUAAUGCUGAAACCCAACUCGCUUCAUCCCGAGUGGGGCGUCGCGACGGCGGCCACGCCCGUGUGGGUUUCUCAGCUGUACAUUGUUCGAGGCCACGCCGACGCUGACACGGCUGAUAGGACGGACAACGGUGUUGCGGCCAGCCGUGAGCUAUGUUGUUGCGCGUUCGACAGCCGGAAGGCGCGCAGCGAGCAGAAGGCGAUGGCGGCUGCGCUGGCGCAGCGCUUCCCUGAUCUUUGUCAUCGAAGUGUGGAACAGGCGCGGAAAAAAAUGCUCAUCGACGCCGGCGGCGCUCCAGCACCGUGUGCAGGGGUGAGGUCGUUGCCGGACGCCAACGUGAAGGUAUUGACGGCGGCACUCUCGUCCGAUCCAUUUAUCAAGUUCCUGGACCUGCACAAGUCAACGCAGCCGCAGCCGCUUCCUCCGGUGCAGACUGCCGACUCCGCCUUGGAGCGCUACUGGUGUGCGACCAAGGCGCAUACCUCAUUUCUCGGGUGCAUACGUGUGGUGCGUGAAGCAGACCGUGCCGUGUACGUUGCGCGGUGCACGAGGUCUGGCACUGCGCAUGACUCAGCGGAGCGAGUGAUUGCCGAGGCCGCUGGGUCCACCGAGAUCGGUGCGCUUUUCGCUCUGGUGAGAGGCAUGGGGGAGCUCCCGGAGGCCGUCGGGGGAGACGCUUCUAGCAUGGUUGGUAGCGAACCCUGCUUGAUAGAGGAGCUGCCAUCGACGCUACCAGAUGCGACACCGUUGCAGACCUGCGCGGAAGCCGUCGCGCGCCUCUACGGACUGCAGUGCUCUGUGUGUGUUCGCCAAGACGGCGCCACGUGUACGGCGGAGUUGUGGGGCGCGAUGCCUUCGAAGAGCGCCGUGUCGCAGCCGCAUUCGCGGUUCUCGACGAAUCCCUUUCCCGCUGAUCGGACCUUUCACCUUGGCCGAGGGCACGGCAGCACGCCACGCCUGGCUGUGGUGCGCGCUGCCCAGCGGGUGUUUGAGAUGCACAUACGAGUCCACCAUCGUGCUUUCGGCGAAGAGGUGGUGAUGAGGGGGCAGGUGAGGCUUCAGCCGGAUGCGCAAGGGUCUCUGACUCGUCUGCGCGACGCGGUGGUGGCAGAGAUCAUGUCCACGAGCGACCGCACGGUCAGUGACAACUGGCUCCUCUUCAAGUUCGAGCACGAUCAGCCAAGCGACUUGUCGUUCCACGUAACAUCACACGAGCGCUCCGUCAUACUUGAACAUGUUGUCGGCAAGAACCUGCUGAGCUGCGCACGCGAGCUGGCCACCCGCAUCAGUCACGAAACCGAUGCCGCCUUCCUCUCGCCAGCGCACUUGUCUGACGUAGUUGCUCAGACGGCGGAGCAGCUGCUGCGAAAGUUGUGUCUUCAAGCCUACGGUCUUCGCCUGCAGGUGGACACGUGCCAGAGAGGUGAGAUGUGGCACUGCCGGCUGAGUGUUCCCAUGUCAGAUGAGGUGGCGUACUGCAUCGCGCAGGCUUCCGGUCUUCGGAAAAGGGAUACCGUGGAGGCUGCUGCGGUGGCUGCGCUGCGGGAGUACUUUGUCGAGGAGUUGCCCCAUAUUCACAGCUUUGCCAUGCUUCCCGCGGUUGCUGCGCUGGAAAGGCCCGGCGGCAUCUCUGACGCGGCGGCGGCGGAGUCGGGCUGCGAGGCGUACGCAUUCCGUGUGCAGGAAGGAGAUUCUGCAUCUGAGCCAGAGUGCCACUCCUGA